ACUGCUUUAAAAACAUAUGUUUCACGGAGAAGAGUAACACGUGGUUUGUAAAGUCAGUCUGUUGAGUGAUAAAUAGUGUUUAUUGACUAUAAAAAUAAUUAAUAAAGUAAUUUUUUCAUUAUUGUUUAACAAUUUAUUAUUAACAAAAGUGACAAACUAAUAGAAAUAAGCAAUGAGUGUAAGAUUUGUUGAAAUUCCGGUCAAAAACAUACCUAAACAUUUAGAUCCUAAAAGUUUAAUAUUCUCAGUUUUUACCGUUGAUGACAUCAGGAAAUUAAGCGUCGUACAAGUAUGUACUCCUUUAUCAUUCAAUGUUCUUGGACAUCCCUUGAAAGGUGGACUCUAUGAUCCUGCUCUAGGACCUUUAGAUGCUCAAUCAGAUCCUUGUGGAACUUGUGGAGAAAAUGUGUACCACUGUACAGGUCAUUUUGGCCACAUCGAACUCCCAGUACCAGUCGUCAAUCCUUUAUUUCACAAAACUCUUUGUACAUUGAUAAAACUAUCUUGCAUGAAAUGUUUUACACUCCAGAUCCCAGACCAUAUCAAACUACUGCUCUCAGCCAAACUACGAAUGCUCCACGAAGGUUUCUACAGCGACUUAGAAACCCUAGACCACGAGGUCAAUUCAAUAUUAUCCCAAAAUCAAAAUCUAAACGAAGCUGAAGUUGAAUAUAUUCGCGAGAUAAUCGAAAAUCAUAUAGAAACACUGAGAAGAACGAAAUCUGAAGUUGGAGAGAAAAAAAUAAUGUCUAGUUUAGCUCAGAGCACCAAAAACAUCAACAUCCAGUGGCAUAUUUACGUAGAAAAUGUUCUCAAGCAAUGCUCAGCUGGAAAAUUUUGCAUCAAUUGCCACAACACAAUUCUCAAAGUUACAGUGUUGAAAAAUAAAAUCAUGAUAUCAAAAGUAUUGGUUUCAAACAAUCUAUCGGCAGCUGCCAAGACUGAAACAGUUUUAUUGAUGCCAGAUCAAUCAAGAGAGUACAUGAGAUCUCUUUGGAAGCAUGAUAAGGAAAUUCUGAAGGUGAUAAUUCCUUGUUUAUCAUCACUAGACCUGCAAUUUCCAACAGAUGUAUUUUUCUUUGACGUCGUACCAGUCUUACCACCCAUAGUGAGACCAACAAACGUUUUAAAUGGUCAAAUAAUCGAACAUCCUCAAUCCCAAAUCUACAAAGCCAUUAUUCAAGAUUGCUUUAUCAUUAGAACUAUUAUUCAAGCCAUCAAAGAUGGAGACACGAGCCAGCUUUCAGAAGAAAGUAUCCAAGUAUAUCAACAAAUCCGUGGUACUAAUUCCUUGGAGAAGCUUCAUCUAGCUUGGCAGGCUCUCCAAGCUAAUGCCGACCAUCUUAUGGACCGGGAAAUGAGUAAGACAUCAGAGUCUGCCAACUGUCAAGGCUUAAAACAAAUCAUUGAGAAGAAAGAAGGAAUUAUAAGGAUGCAUAUGAUGGGGAAACGAGUCAAUUACGCUGCUAGAUCUGUUAUCACUCCUGAUCCUAAUUUAAAUAUCGAUGAAAUCGGCAUUCCAGAAGCUUUCGCGUUGAAAUUAACUUACCCGGUUGCUGUGACACCUUGGAAUGUUACCGAGCUUAGACAAAUGAUCAUUAAUGGACCUGAUAAGCAUCCAGGAGCUGUGAUGAUUGAAGGAGAUGAUGGUCGUAUUAGGAGAAUAGACCCUACUGAUGUAGUGAACAGAGAAGCUAUCGCCAAAAGGCUUCUUACAACUGGGAAAGAUAAUUCAUUCCAUGCAGUCAAGAUUGUACAUAGACAUCUGCAAAAUGGUGACAUUCUGCUACUUAAUCGUCAACCUACGCUCCACAAGCCUAGUAUUAUGGCGCACAAAGCUAGAAUUUUAAAAGGAGAAAAAACUUUGAGGCUUCAUUAUUCAAAUUGUAAAGCUUACAAUGCUGAUUUCGAUGGUGACGAAAUGAAUGCUCACUUUCCACAGAAUGAAUUGGCUAGGAGUGAGGGUUACAACAUAGCUAAUGUAUCUAAUCAGUACCUAGUGCCAAAGGAUGGAACACCUUUGGGUGGUUUGAUCCAAGAUCACAUGAUUUCAGGUGUUAAAUUGACUUGCAGAGGAAGAUUCUUCUCCAAAGCUGAUUACAUGCAGUUGGUUUAUAGUGGACUUAAUGAUCAUUUUGGAGAUAUCAUUCUUUUACCUCCCACAAUUAUUAAACCGAUUCAAUUAUGGUCUGGGAAGCAGGUGAUAUCCACUGUGAUUAUCAACACCACUCCUAAGAAUCGGGCGAGAAUAAAUUUAACCGCUGGAGCAAAAAUUAGUGAUAAAAAUUGGGUGACUCAAAAGCCUAGAAGAUGGAAAUGUGGAGAAGAAUUUACGGAUCCUAAAACCAUGUCCGAGGCUGAAGUUAUUAUCAGACAUGGUGAGCUUUUAUGUGGAGUUUUAGACAAAACCCAUUACGGUGCUACAUCAUAUGGACUUAUUCACUGUGUUUUUGAAUUAUACGGUGGUGCUUGUUCAACUAAAAUGCUAUCAUCUUUUGGAAAACUCUUCCAAGCCUUUCUCCAGCGAUCAGGGUUCACUCUAGGUAUUGAAGAUAUUUUAAUAGUUGAGAAAAAUGAUGCGAAGAGGGAUGAAAUCAUUCAGAAUUGCAGAAAAAUUGGAGAUGAUGUUCAAAAAAGCGCUGUAGAGCUGCCUGAAGAUACUCCUAGAGAAGUAGUAUUGAGAAAAAUGGAAGAAGAAACUUGGAAAAAUAAAAAAUUCCGAGCGCUCAUUGAUCGAAAGUAUAAAAAUGCAUUGGAUCCAUUCACUAAUGAUAUCAACAAAACCUGUCUACCAGCUGGGUUGCUUAAAAAGUUCCCUAAAAAUAAUCUUCAGCUGAUGGUCCAGUCUGGAGCCAAAGGAUCAACUGUAAAUACCAUGCAAAUUUCUUGUUUGUUAGGUCAAAUUGAAUUGGAAGGCAAAAGACCACCUUUGAUGAUCAGCGGACGAAGCUUGCCGAGUUUCCCACCUUAUGAUUCAUCUCCACGAGCUGGUGGUUUUAUCGAUGGACGAUUUAUGACUGGAAUCCAACCUCAGGAAUUUUUCUUCCACUGUAUGGCUGGAAGAGAAGGUCUUAUUGAUACUGCUGUGAAGACUAGUAGGUCUGGAUACCUUCAAAGAUGUUUAAUCAAACAUCUAGAAGGUCUUACUAUUAAUUAUGACUUAACUGUCAGAGAUUCUGACGGUUCUUUGAUUCAAGUUUAUUACGGUGAAGAUGGCCUGGACAUUCCUAAAUCUCGAUUUUUGAAGAAAGAGCAGAUGGACUUCUUGGUGGAGAAUAAAAAUGCUAUUAUUGAUAAGACAUUGUUAGACAGAUUAAAAUCUGAUGAUGAAAAAUCGCGAAAAGAAAUAUUAAAAAAUGUCAAAGCUUUAAAAAAAUUUAAAGAAACGUAUGGAAAUCUUUUUCCCAAGACGAGGACUAGCCCUUUUGCUAAAUUUUCUCAAGAUAACUUCAACAAUAACUCUAAUAAAUCUAAAAUCAUCGAUCCCAAUAGUGGCAGAAGUAAAGCUGUGUUGUCAUUAAUGAGAAAAUGGAUCCGUGCUGAUAAAGAAACUAAAGCGACAUACAAAAGUGGAAUUAUUCGAUUUCCAGAUCCAAUAAUUGCUAAACACCGACUGGACCUAGAAUUUGGAGUGUUGACAGAAAAAUUGGAAGACUUAGUUGACGAAUACAUGAUAAAAAGAGACGGGUGUGUAACAACGAAGAUUAAAAUCAAAGAAUUGAGAGACUUAAUGAGCUUGAAAGUCAUGAAAACAUUAUGUCCACCUGGUGAACCAGUUGGCUUACUUGCUGCUCAAUCAAUUGGAGAACCAUCAACUCAGAUGACACUGAAUACUUUCCACUUUGCUGGUCGUGGAGAAAUGAACGUCACCUUGGGUAUCCCAAGAUUGCGUGAAAUUCUGAUGAUGGCCUCGAAAAAUAUAAAAACUCCAAGCAUGGAAAUUCCAUUCAAGAAAACUCUUCCAAACCUUCCUAAACAAGCAAACAAAUUGAAACUAAAGCUGACUAGAUGUGUGCUUUCUGAUGUGCUUCAGAGCAUCACAAUUAACAGGAAAUUAGAAAAAAUGCCCCACAGACAACUAGAGUACACUUUGUUGAUAAACUUCUUACCACAUAAGUAUUAUAAGCAUGAAUUUUGUGUAACUUCUAAGCAAGUUAUUGAAAAAACAGAAUUAUUAUUCUUCAAAGAGGUGUUUAAGGAGAUCAAAAAGGUUGCCAAGUUGUCAGGAACAUCAUUAUAUGUUGAAGAAGAAAGAAAAGUGAAUGAUAAGCUAGAGAAUUCUAUGCUUGAUGCUGGUGGCAAUGAUUUUGACUUCAAUGAAUUUAAAAAUAAUAAAGUAAAAGCAGACAUUGGAGAAAUGCAUGAAUCAUCAGAUGAAGAAGAAAUAGCUGAAGAUGCUGAUGCUACUGCUGCUAGAUCAGUAUCAAGACAUCAAGAAAACCAGGAGUAUGAUGACCCAGAAGAAGAAGAAGCACCUGAAGAGCCAUCAAAUGACAUUGACGAGACUGAAAUAAGUCUAAAAAUUGAAAAUGAUUUAAGUGAUGAUGAAGUUAUUUCAAAGUUAACAGUAGCAGCUAAAAUGGCAGCAGAGCAAAGAAAAAAUGACGUCACUAACAUGUAUACCUAUGGAAUUGAUUAUGAUUUUGAUGCUGAACGAUUUCGAUGGUGUAAAUUCACAUUUUGGUUACCUUUGAAGAUGAUUAAAAUUGAUUUACCAACUAUCUUGAGAACUGCUGCUAGUAAAGUAGUGCUGUGGGAGACACCAGCGAUUAGAAGAGCUUUUACUUUUCAAAAUUCUGAUGGAGAUACUGUUUUAAAAACUGAUGGCUUAAAUAUUGUUGAGAUGUUUAAAUACAAUGAGAUUCUAGAUCUUACGAAAUUAUAUUCGAAUGAUAUCUACGGUAUUUCUCAAACCUACGGGAUAGAAGCUGCCAAUAGAGUGAUUGUUAAGGAAGUUAAGGAUGUGUUUAAGAUGUAUGGAAUUACUGUAGAUUCUAGACAUUUAUCUUUAGUAGCGGAUUAUAUGACAUUUGAUGGAACAUUUCAACCAUUAAGUAGAAAAGGUAUGGAAGAUUCAGCAUCACCGUUGCAACAAAUGAGCUUUGAAAGCUCUUUGACUUUCUUAAAAAGUGCUACACUUCAAGGCAAACGAGAUGAUUUAUUAUCACCUUCGAGUCGAUUAAUGCUUGGACAGCCAUGUAGAACAGGAACUGGAUUCUUUGGUGUUUACUUUAAACCACAGUUGUCGAUGUUUAAUUCGAAUUCGUCAUCCUUGAAGGUGUGAUUAAUCAGUUAAAUAUUAUUUUAUAAGUCAAUUAAGUGUAAAUAAACGAGAUACUAUACUGAUUAAUCAGUUGACUUAAUUUAUUAUUAUUUUUUUAAAAUAAGGAAAUUAUUUUUUCUUUAAAAAAAUGAUCAAUUACUUUUUUUUUUUUUUUAAUUUAGUUUAAUAAUAUCCAAGUGUAUAUUUUAAAGGCCAAAAUACAAUGAUUAAAAAAGAAUUUUGACAAGUUUGAAUAAAAUUUCUAAUGUUUUAAAUGUAAAAUUCUACAAAAAAAUUGUAUUUAUCAUCGCAAUGUUAUUCAAUGCCUCUAAAAAAGUAUGAGUAAUCACACAACAGCAAUUGUGGUGUUCUAAUAAAGUGAAUUUUAUCUAA